AUGUCCUAUUCACAACAUCCGGCUGUUCAACGCCCUGCUGUUCAACGCUCUGCUGUUCAACGCUCUUCUUUAUCAGCGCCCUGCUGUUCAACGCUCUGCUGUUCAACGCUCUAUUUUAUCAACGCCCUGCUGUUCAACGCUCUGCUGUUCAACGCUCUGCUGUUCAACACCCUCCUGUUCAACGCCCUCCUGUUCAACGCCCUCCUGUUCAACGCCCUCCUGUUCAACGCCCUCCUGUUCAACGCUCUUCUUUAUCAACGCUCUGCAGUCCAACACCCUGCUGUUCAACGCCCUCCUGUUCAACGCCCUCCUGCCCCGCUUCCUCGUUGGAACGCCCGUCCCUUCGAUGCCUUCGACUUCAAUACCCCGACUUCAACACCCCGACUUCAACACCGCGACUUCAACACCCCCAACUUCAACACCCCCGACUUCAACACCCCCGACUUCAACACCCCCAACUUCAACACCCCCGACUUCAACACCCCCGACUUCAACACCCCCAACAUCGACAAAAUCGCGUUUUUGACCUCAAGCUCAACUACUCUCCGGCUUAACGGACUUACUAUCACUGUCUGGCUCGCUGUGGAAAUCAUAUGA